UUCAACAAGUGUUGGCGACAGUUGUUUAGGUUAUGAUGCGAUGUGACGUAUAGGCAUACACACCCAGCAACACUGCAUCAUCUCGCAACACGGCCAACACAGACAGGGCGCCGCUGACAGGAUGGCUCCGUUCCAGAAGGGGAACGUGCCCAGCAUGGGCAGCACGAUCGUCCGGCCAUCUCGCAGGAGGACGGCCAAGUAUCAGACCAUGGAACCCUCCGAAAUGAUGUCAGUGAGGCAGAGCAUCCGCAGCUUCAACAUCACCACGCGGAUGCCCUCCUUGCCGGCCGAGCGGCUGCUGGAGCUGCCACUGCGCCUGUCCCUGAAGAAGCCACUGACCACAUCUCAGAAUGGACACAAGAGUGACCUCUUGACCUGGCUCCAGGAAAAGCACCUCAUCACUCAGAAUGACACGUUUCUCACCGAUGGCAAGGCCGAGAUUGUGCACAACGACCAGCAGGCAGACGGAAAGCAGCAAUCGUACUGCGUGAUCACGACGCGUUUCAACAAGCCCUUCAUGUACCGCAUGAGCUGCUGCCGCGCCCUGCUCGUGCUCGCUCCGCAGAACCCCGUGCGCUGGCUCGCAGUGCGGCUCAUGACCAACCAGAUGUUCGACUCAUUCAUCAUCCUGACGAUCUUCGUCAACAUGAUCAUCCUGGCGACAAACAAAUCCUAUCCACUGGCCGAUUACAUUUUCACGACGAUCUACACGGGGGAGUUUCUCAUCAAGACGCUGGCUCGGGGCUUUGUCUUCCACCCGUACUCUUACCUGCGCAACGCGUGGAACUGGCUCGACUUCAUCGUCAUCAUCCUCGCGUACAUGACGAUCGCCUUCCCUUUCCUUCCGGGCCUCUCAGCUCUGCGAGCCUUCAGAGCUCUCAAGAUGAUCGCCAUCCUCCCAGCACUGAAGACGAUCGUGGGGGCCAUUUUCAAGUCGGCGGGGCUGCUCCUCAACGUGAUGCUGCUCAUGAUCUUCGCGCUCAUCAUCAUCUCGCUCUUCGGCCUGCAGAUCUUCCGCGGUGUGCUGCGUCAGAAGUGCGUAAUCCUGCCCGACCCGGCCACGAGCUCCCUCUCCGCUGCUGAGUGGAGCAACUACGUGCAAAACAAGUCAAACUGGCUGAUCACGGAUGACAUUGAAAUCAUGGUUUGUGGAAACGGCACUGGCACCAGUCACUGCCCCGCAAACUACACGUGUUUGCCAGACAUCGGUGAAAACCCAAACCAUGGGGCGACCAGCUUCGACAACUUUGGCUGGGCGAUGAUGACCUCCUUCCAGAUCAUCACCAUCGACUACUGGGAGAACUGCUACAAUAUGGUGCUGCGAGCCUCUGGGCAGUACUUCAUCGGCUUCUUCAUGGUGGUGAUCAUGCUGGGCGGCUACUACGUCGUCAACCUCGUGCUGGCCGUGGUGGCCUCCUCGUAUGAGCGCGAGCUGCGGCACCACCAGCAGCUGCUGGACGAGGAGAAGAAGGAGCGGGCCGAGGCGGAGCGCAAGCAGAGACAGGUGGUGGAGGCCAUCAUGAGCGUGAAUAAGGAGGCGCACAUGCACAUGUCCACCCGGCAGCCAGGGGACCUCUCCGCGGACUCCAGCAUCUCCCAGGGCCUCGACCACUUGGGCGCAGGCUCCACCUUACAGCUCACCAGGCGCCCUCGGGAGAGACUCGUCGCCCGCCUGAACUCGCUACGCUGCUGCUCAGAAUUCGUGGCCUUCCGGCAACGGCUGCGCACCCUGGUCACCUCCAGCUUCUUCGAGACAUUCAUCACCAUUCUCAUCAUCACCAACACCAUCAUGAUGGCCAUCGACUACCACAAUGCCCCCUACAGCAGUGCCCUCGACGUCGGGAAUACGGUGCUGACGACCAUAUUCAUAGCGGAGGCAGUGCUCAAGUUGACGGCUCUCUUUCCCGUCGUCUACUUCCGCUUGGGCUGGAACAUCUUUGACUUCUGCGUGGUGAUUACGAGCGUGGUGGAGUGGAUUCUCGACUCCAUGAGCAACACCAACAUCAACAUCUCCAUCAUCCGUACAUUCCGCAUUCUGAGAGUGUUCAAGCUGGCGAAGAAGUGGAAGACGCUCAACCUCCUCAUCCGUGUAAUGAAGAGCGCCAUCGGCGAGAUGCGAAACCUCACCGUCAUCUUUGCCCUGGUCAUCUACAUCUUCGCCGUCAUUGGCAUGCAGCUCAUCGGCCGAGACUACUACACCAACCGGAACAAAUUCUCCAGCGGGCAGGUCCCCAGAUGGAACUUCCUGGAUUUCUACUCCUCCUUCCUCAUGGUGUUCCGCGUGCUGUGCGGCGAGUGGAUCGAGCCGCUCUACGAAUGCCUCGUGUGCUCCAACAUCUAUUACUGCGUCCCUCUCUUCAUCCUCACCUACGUCGUCGGCGGCUUCUUGGUGCUGAACCUCUUCCUCGCUCUGCUGCUCGCCUCGUUCGGCGGGGACAACCUCAAGGCGAGGUCGAGCGGCGAGCAGACGGCGAAGUCGGCGAGCGUGAAGCACUUCCUGACGGGGUUCAAGCCGCGGCGCACGUUCCACAUCUCGACGAAGCCCUCGCGCUUCAGGCGCAGGAAGAUGGAGGCCGCCUCGCGUCGUGGCGAGCACGCUCGGCUCGACAUGGACGUUGGCACCUACCUUAACCUGCAUCGCAGCAGCGUGGCCAGCGUGCAGGCUACCCAGGAUUACAUUUACAUCGCUCCGGCAAAGCCCUUGGCUCACCUGGCGAGGACGCCCACGUCCGACGAUGUGAGCCCCGAAGUGAGGAACUCCUGGCAGCGUCUGAACGACCUCCUGCACAGUUCCACCACGGCGGGGGGAACCGCGAGCCUCAAAAACAACUCUGUCAUCCUUGACCCGGCCAAGCUGGAGGGAGGCUCGGUCCGCAGCAGCGCCCACAGCCAAGAGUCCAAGUCGUGGAGCGAGGACGACUCUGAGGACGAGUCCGACGCGGAACACCAGCAGGCCGAGGGCCCGGAGCAGCGCGUCCAGGUGCCGCCCUGUUUCUCCGCCAGCUGCAUUUGCUUCUGCCACCGCCAGCGACGUCGCGACUCCGACGUGGAGCGAGCAGUAGGCAGCGACGAUGGAGAAGGACGAGGUCGGCACGGGGAAGAGCCCUCGGGUGGGGAGGCGAGCACGGGGCGGCAGGGCGGCGACGGAGGCCGGGAGGGAAGUGGCCCAGGGUGCUGUGGUGGGUGCGUGGGAGCAUUCAACGCGGUGAGGCGCAUGGUGUUUCGCCUCUGCCAAACGACGGGCUUCAAUGGGAUAGUGCUCUUCAUGGUCAUCUUGAGCAGCUUCACGUUGACGCUGGACGACAAGUACAACAGCAGCAACGCGCAGCUUAUGCAGGUGCUCCGCUACAUGGAUCUCUUCUACAUGGCGUUUUUCUCCAUGGAAAUGUUCCUCAAGAUGAUAGGCCUCGGCCUCCACAAGUACUUCACCAGCUUCUGGACUCUACUUGACUGCUUCUUAGUCUUGGUGUCAUGGUUGAAUCAGCUGGCGAGUGCGGUGCCUGCCCUCAAGUCGCUGAGGUCCCUGCGCACACUCAGGGCCUUGAGGCCCCUCCGAGCCAUCUCCCGGUGGAAGGGCAUGAGGUUGGUGGUGAACGCUCUGGUGACCUCCAUCCCGUCCAUCUCCAACGUCAUGCUGAUGUGCCUGCUCUUCUGGAUGGUGUUCGGCAUCGCCGGGGUGCAGCUCUUCGGAGGGAAGUUCUUCCGCUGCAUCGACGUCGAGGGCAAUCGCCUGCCAGCCACGGAGGUCGCGAACCGCACGGUGUGCGAGAGCCUCGCGAACGAGGGCUACCUUUGGGUCAACGCCAUCAUCAACUACGACAACAUCCUCUCUGCUUACCUGGCUCUCCUGCAAGUGGCCACGCUCGAAGGAUGGAUUGAACAGAUGGCGGACGCCUCGGAUUCGACGGGGGUCGAUCAACAACCAUCCUACAAUGCCAACAUCUACUCCCAGAUGUUCUUCAUCAUAUUCGUAAUCAUCGGAUCGUUCUUCAUCCUCAACCUCUUCAUCGGAGUUGUCAUCGACAACUUUAACUCCGUGCACAAGAGGUCUCACAAGGAAGGUGCGCUGAUGGCACUCCUGACAGAAGAUCAGCAGAAGUUCUACAAAACCAUGCGACGGCUGUACAGGAGCAAGCCUUCCAAGAGCAUCCCGCAGCCCCAGAACCGUGUCCUGAGGUUCUUCUACGUGCUGGUGCACCGCCGGCUCUUCGAGUACAUCUCCACUGCCGUCAUCUCCCUCAACAUGGUGCUGCUCGCUUCAGAGCACUACAACCAGAGCGAAAGCUUCACCAACAUUACCAAGAUCAUCAACCUGGUCUUCACCGUCCUCUUCAUGCUGGAGGCUGCGCUGAAGAUCCUGGGGAAUCGAAUCCACUACUUCCGCCAGCCGUGGGACAUCUUUGACUUUUUUGUGGUGUGCAUCUCCUUAACAGAGAUCGUCCUGGAGACCAUGGCGUCACGCUUGAACUUCUCGCCGGCGAUCCUGCGCGUGUUCCGCGUGGUGCGGCUCGUGCGCCUGCUGCGCCUCAUCCGCUCCGUGGGCGGAAUCCGCAAGCUCAUCUACACGCUCGUCAUCUCGCUGCCAGCCCUCAUCAACAUCGGCCUCCUCCUCCUGCUCAUCAUGUUCAUGUACGGCAUCCUCGGAGUGAGCAUCUUCCGCGAUUUGCCCUACCGUGGCUCCGUCACCAGCAUGGUGAACUUCGAGACAUUCGCCAACAGCAUGACGCUCCUAUUCCGGCUCAACACGGCCGGCGGCUGGAACGACGUCAUGGGCUCUGUCCUGGGCACCGAGACGCAGAACGCCAUCCUCGUCAUCGCGUAUUUCACCACCUUCGUGAUCUUUAGCAACAUCAUCAUCAUCAACAUGUACGUGGCCAUCAUCCUGGAGAACUUCAACGAGGCUCAGGAGCAAGAGGAGACGGGCGUGACGGACGACGACAUCGACAUGUUCUACCGCGUGUGGGGGAAGUUCGACCCGCUGGCCACGCAGUUCCUGGCCUGCGAGCAGCUGCCCAACUUCUUCGACGCGCUCAAGAGGCCCUUCCGCAUCCCCAAGCCCAACACGGUGAAGAUCGCCGCCCUGCAGCUCGCCAUCGUCGAGGGCAACAAGGUGCACUGCCUCGACGUGCUCCGGACGAUGACGCGAGUCAUCUUCGGGCGCGUGGUCAAGACGGAGCACCUGCGCCAGCUCAGCAGGCAGGCGCAGGAGAAGGUGAUGCGGCGCUUCCCGCUGCGCAGGAUCAUGCACGUGGUGAGCACCACGCUGGCGCUGCGGCGCGAGGAGAAAGCCGCGCACGUCAUCCAGCGAGCGUUCCGCCACUGGCGCGGGCACCAGGCGCAGGGCCAGGAACCGAGGGGGUGCCGCGCGUCCCUCCGCUCGCGCCGCGGGGGCGGCUGCCGCGCCGGCGCCAAGGGCGCUGGCGCCGACCCCACCGAAGGAGGAGGAGGAGGGGGGGUUGAGUUCUCGGAGGUGGUGAGCUGCUGCAAGGUGAUGAACGGCUGGAAGGUGAAGAGCUUCGCGGCGCGCCGAUCCACCGUCAGGAAUGCGACGUGAGCGGCAAGCCGUGGGGAGUUGGGCACGAGCGCGUUCAACCGUCGAGCGAUUAAACGACGCUGUUAAUUAAGCGUGCGACAGGGCCGCGCUGUUUUCAAGCCGUGUUUACUCUAUGAUAGAGGUUUUGGGGUUAGAUCUCGUAAAUAUAUAAAAUGUGUCGUUAAAACCCGCCACCACCCGACACAGCCAACUAGUAAGGGUUGUCACGUAAACAGAACGUGCCAAUUCGUCACUAGUACAGCAACACCGGUGUGUUGGAGAGCCAAUCCACAACAUUUACAAUCUGAGUACGACGUUCCACCAGUAAUUACAACUAGCUUCAUCAGGCGACACAUUUUAUAGUUUUAACGACAGAUUUGAUAUAUUUACACGAUCUAACCCAAAAACGUCUAUUAUGGAUGAUAUUAGUCGUGAAAGCCUACGUGUUUAACGUAUUUACUCUGUUUUUAAAGUGUGGGAUUUAUGUGCAAUGUGUGUGCGUGCGAGUGUCUAUAUUUGUAUGCUGAACGGACGUAGGCUGAGUAAUUAGUUUGUCUACAGAAAUGAAAUGUACGUAUUCUGUUUGAUUCAAUCCCGUUGUUGAUUUGAUGAAUUGACACAUUUCGGGGUCAUGGUUUGAUUCAACCGUCCCGUUUUUGUGUCUUGUGUAUUGUAGUCUCGUGCUGUUCAUCGUUUAUUUGUGCAUCUCGUCUGUACGAUUUUGCUUGCUACAUUAGCUUCAUUGCAAUAUUACCGGAUCGUUUUCAAACAAUACAUUGUCUAAGUGAUUUAUUGCAUCAUAGACAGAUCUCAGGUGGUGCUCAUUUUUUUCUUACAACCCUGAGCCAGUGGUGGAAAUUCCACAUUUCUAUGACAAGAGUGAGUCAAUCCAUACAUAGGACAACCAAUGUUGAAUUUACACAAAGUGGUCCCUAUUGUAUCGAUUACAGAGGGAUGAUGGGCUGAGUCAACCUCCAACGCAGGAUUUUAACUUCGCACGAUCUGAUUGUGGUCCAAUCCGCUAUCUAGCCAGUUGUGUACAAUUUCCUUAAACAAUAAAUGGUCGAUAAUUAUCACGUGCACCAUUCAAUUAACGUUACCCAGUGCGUACACACCCGUAGAUGCAAUCGUGGCCGUGCAUUGUAUUGCUGAGGACACUACACAGAUGGUAGGCUUCUCAGUCUAUCCACAGAGUUAUCUUCUUUCAGCUUACUGGAUAUUAGCACAGAGAGGUUCCAGCAUACCAGACCCGAGUAAGGGCCUUUCCAUGGUCACUGCAUAGAUGACACGGUGAAGCUGACCUUUGUGAUGAUUAUUAUAAAGCUUAUAGGGAAACAGUGAUGUUGUUUCCUCUAUUAAAGCACGUCAUUGUCCUUUGUUGGUAAUCCAAGAUGUGCAGACUCUCAGGCAGGCACGGAGUUGGGGGUGGGGAUCAAAAUAGCUGCCUCGGGCACAAAAUCUGCGAGAGGCGCCAACAAUUGUACAGAGUACGACCACGUCGUUUUUUUCACUUAAUUUUACAGAUGUGUCACAAAGCGUGCAUGUAAUGAAUAUCUAGACAGAGAUCCCCCGUGUAGCCUUAACAGACCGUUGGGGCAAGUGCUGUUAGCGAGCACCGAUUAAGGCCGGGCAUGGCACACGAGGGAGUGGAUGGCCAGAAACCACGCCCGGUCGCCUUUGUCUCUCACGUGGCGAUAUUUACACAUCACACCAGGUAAUCAUUUGAGGCUGAGUCGACCUCGGGGAGGCCAGGGACCGGUUCAGAAAAUCGUCACUGGUAUUGGCCGUGAGCGGGAAUCGAACUCAGAGCGUCGGGUUCGUAGCGCAGCGUGCUCACCGCUCCACUGCCGUAAUGAAUAACACACGCACACGUGAGUCACGUGAUUAAUAACACACGCACGUGAGUCACAUGAUUAAUAACAAAUGGCAACAGUUUUUGGGGCUUUUACCAAAAGAUGAGUUUCACGGGGCACAACAUUCUUAAUUCACCCACAGCACCAUUCACAUUUCAGCCUCGGCCUGCUACCAGACACAAACACAGGCCUGAAAAUUAUAUCUCAAAAAUAUAAUCAAGCAAAUUGGUUGCUCUGGGUGGAGUGGGUACGCAGUGUUUUCAUGCACUGCACGAUGAACCUGGCAACCUCAGUUCAAUUCCCUGGCAUGGCCAACUUCGAUAGAGAGUCCAAUACCACCACUUAACCGAAAUUGCACACACGGAGAGGCCUCCAUCCAGCAGUGGAUUAACAAAUUGACUCUGGGUAGACCGCCCAGCUGACAUUGAUUUUCAACACUUGUCGACAGCUUUGCGAACUGCCACUUUUGGUGCCAAUCCACUGCACGAGAAGCGGACGACGCUGCACCUC